UUUCUUUUUUUUUUUUGAAUUUCUUUUUCCAAUUUGGAUCAUCAGCUCACCGUUGACGUUGAACCGCACAACCACCACGACACCGCCGCUCAUCGCUCCCUAAUCUCCUCCUGCACCCCCUCCGCCACCUCUAACAUCUCCACAAUAGUCGCCGGACCAUUAUCCUGCCAAAGCCGAACAACCUCCCGCUGUAGCGCAGCCGUUUUCCUCUCCCGUCAGCCGUAGAGCAGAAGAAGAAGUCCGCCAUAUAAUAUUUCUCUUAGCUCCGGUUCAAUCAGCCUACAUUUUACCGAGUAAUUUUGUACCGUUUGUUAUUUCGACUAUCUGUGUUUAAUUUAGUGAAAAAAGAAGCUGAGUUUGGUAAGAAUAAUGUGGAAGAAUGUUUGUGUUCCUCAGGACAUGAAUUCAUUCGAUGAAUUUCAAGCCAAUUCUGGAGUUGAGUGUCCACAUAGCAAAAGCAGCUUGGUCUGCACGUUCUGGCUGAUUGUGAACAAUGCUUCAUCUUCGCUUGCCGAUAGGGACCAAAUUCCAAUCAACUCCAAAGCUGAAUCCAAGCUGAAUGAUCUCAUUAUGACAGUUCUGAUAAUGGCUCUGACUUGCUCUAGCAUUUUUCUUCUGCUCAUGUCUUCUUUGGUUUACUGUAGAUCAUUUGUUUCUCUUAAUGGCAUGGGCCGCAUGGAAAAGGGAAAGAGGCUAUCAGCUUAA